AUGGAGGAGCACAUGGAGGAGAUGGGCACUAGGCUGAAGGAAAUGGGAGGGCAGAUAGCCGCACUGAACAAACAGACUAAGAGAGUCCAGGCAGUGACAGAUAAGCUAGGGACAAUCGAGGAGGAUACGGCCGGCAUGGUGGGAGCGAAAGUCAACAAAGUUCGGGAUGCGGCUCAGAGCGCAUUCGAAAUCCUCCAACACGCUAUUGAACGGGGCUCGGUCAAAACGACGGGGAACACUGGGAACAUAGAAGACUACGACUAUGGGAUUAUGGACAAAGACUACGUGCCGAUGACUCCGGCAAUAAUACCAGCGAAGCAACAGAAAUCAUACGCAAACACAGCACGUUCCACCCCGCCGAUCUCGUACCAACGCAUCAUAGAACAGAACACGAGGAAGAACAAGCACAUCAUCAUAGACGCAAAGGGACCGGACUUAGAGAUGCUUACGGAGGAGCAGUUAGUAGCGAAGGCGAACAUGGCAGUAGAAAUGGUCGGUGGCGAGGAUGAGGGGAAACCAGGGGACGUCUGCUUUGUGAGUGUGAAGAGGUUGCAGAACAGAGGAAUGGAGUUUGAAUUGAACUCGACUGCUGCGGCAGCAUGGGCGACGAGGGAUGCUAUAAAGAAAAAGAUCAUCAGCAACUUUGGAUACAAGGCGGAGAUCAAGGAUAAGGGAUUCACAGUACUCAUCGUGAACGCGCCGCUAUACUUCCACCCAGAAGAAGAAGAAGAUUGA